AUGACCAAGCGCACCAAGAAGGUCGGCGUGACCGGUAAAUAUGGUACCCGUUACGGUGCCUCCCUGCGAAAGCAGGUGAAGAAGAUGGAAGUCACACAGCACGCCAAGUACACCUGCACCUUCUGCGGAAAGACCACCGUCCGAAGAAAGUCUGUCGGUAUCUGGAACUGCCGUGCCUGCAACCGAACCAUUGCUGGCGGUGCCUACACUGUUGCCACACCCGCUGCCGCUGCCAUGCGAUCAACUCUGCGACGAUUGAGGGAGAUUGCUGAGGUUUAAAGGUGUUUUCUUGGUAAAACGGUGGAGGAUUCGGCUUUGCUUUUUCGGUCUGGUGUAUGGGGGACAUUGUUUGCGUGCAUACACUACGAGUUGACGAAAAAUGAACGUCGACGCUCGAUCUUUGGUCAUAG